AAAAAGAACACCAGCUUAGCUGUGGUUGUGCCCUGAAAGGAAUGAACUUGGCCUGAUUGUUCCUCUGAUUUUAAGGACUAGAUUUUAAGGACUAUUUGUACAUAGUUAUGCAAGAGUAGUGUUUUGUUUUUAAGUAUUUGACUUAUUUUUCCCACUAAACUGCCCACUGGCACCAUGCCCUUUGUUGGCCUGCCUGUGGUUGCCAUGGCUCAGAGCUUGGGAUGUGUGGCUGAGCAGUCACUAUAAUUAGUUUAACUGACCUCAGUGGCGUGUGUUAGUGGGGGUGUACCUGGAAGGCAGCCUUUGCUCUUUUAAAAAAACUUUUUAAAAUUUGUUGGGGUAACCAUUGGCAGGUAAAGUUAUACAGGUUUCAGGUGUACAGUUCUAUAAUACAUCAUCUGUGCUUUGUAUUGUGUCUUCAUCACCCCAAGUCAAAGUCUCCUUCCGUCAGGUAGCCUUUAUUCUGAGUUGGACAUAACCUCAGCCCUCACUGAACUUGGUUCUGGCUACUUUUGGAACCCAGCCAAUUAUCAAGUUCUAACGCAUGACCUAGUCUUUUUGGAGUAGCAGGAAUUCAGGAGAAAUCUGGCUGCUUUGUCAAGCCCUCACCUCCUCCAUCCUGCACACAAACUGUUCCAAGCAACAGGAGAUGUCCCAGGCAGGACAGGAUCAGCUAUUUCUUCUUUGGAGAGUGAUCCAGUGACCCUGAACGUCUGUUGGCCUCAUCUCCACCAACCCCCACAGUCUCUGGCCCUCCUUCUAUCUGCCUCCUACAGCUGGAGCCUCAGCCCUCCCUCUGCCCGGACGCCUUGCCCCCGCCUCCCUCUCCCUUACGCAGGUCCCAGCUGUAGCUCUAAGCUCUUCCUCUGUCACUGCUCCGCCCAUGAGAGAAACACCCGCAGGGGAAGCUUCCUGUUCCCGGCCCAGUCUGGGUCCAAGCUGGCAGAGAUGGACCAUCUAGAACCCGAGGUCCUCCCAGCCAGGCACUGCUGCCCCUCCCUAGGAAUGCAGGCCCUGGAGGCUGGCAUCAUGAGGUUCUCAGUGCCACCCUCCAUCAGGAGCUCCGCCAUGGUGAACGAACCCAGAGGGAAUGGCAGCCCCAACCCCCGCCUGGAGGGCAGCAGCAGCGGCAUGGAGAGCCCCAAGGAUAGUUCGAGAUGUACCUCGCCAGGGCUGGACCCUGAGCGGCACGAGAGACUCAGGGAGAAGAUGAGGCGGAGGAUGGAGUCCGGUGACAAGUGGUUCUCUCUGGAAUUCUUCCCUCCGCGGACGGCGCAGGGCGCUGUCAAUCUCAUCUCAAGGUUUGACCAGAUGGGGGCAGGUGGCCCCCUCUUCAUAGAUGUGACCUGGCACCCAGCAGGAGACCCUGGCUCGGACAAGGAGACCUCCUCCAUGGCCAUCGCCAGCGCUGCUGUCAACUACUGUGGCCUGGAGACCGUGCUGCACUUGACCUGCUGCCGUCAGAGCCAGGAGGAGAUCACGGGCCAUCUGCACAAGGCCAAGCAGCUGGGCCUGAAGAACAUCCUGGCACUGAGAGGAGACCCUGUAGGUGACCAGUGGGAGGAGGAGGAAGGCUGUUUCCGCUAUGCCACAGACCUGGUGAAGCUCAUCCGCAGCGAGUUUGGUGACUACUUUGACAUCUGUGUGGCAGGUUACCCCAAGGGCCACCCCGACGCCGAGAGCUUUGAGGACGACCUGAAGCACUUGAAGGGGAAGGUGUCUGCAGGAGCCGACUUCAUCAUCACCCAGCUUUUCUUUGAGGCUGACACGUUCUUCCACUUUGUUAAGGCUUGUUCCGCGAUAGGCAUCACCUGCCCCAUCCUUCCCGGCAUCUUCCCCAUUCAGGGCUACCACUCCCUGCGGCAGCUCGUGAAGCUGUCCAAGCUGGAGGUGCCGCAGAAGAUCAGGGACGUGAUCGAGCCCAUCAAGGACAACGACGCUGCCAUCUGCAACUACGGCAUCGACCAGGCCGUGAGCCUGUGCCAGGAGCUGCUGGCCAGUGGCCUGGUGCCGGGCCUGCACUUCUACACCCUCAACCGCCGGAUGGCCACCACCGAGGUGCUGAAGCGCCUGGGCAUGUGGGCCGAGGACCCCAGGCGUCCCCUGCCCUGGGCUGUCAGUGCCCACCCCAAGCGCCGGGAGGAAGAUGUGCGUCCCAUCUUCUGGGCCUCUAGACCGAAGAGUUACAUCUACCGCACCCAGGACUGGGACGAGUUCCCCAACGGCCGCUGGGGCCAUUCCUCCUCGCCAGCCUUCGGGGAGCUGAAGGACUACUACCUCUUCUAUCUGACGAGCAAGGCCCCGAGGGAGGAGCUGCUGAAGAUGUGGGGAGAGGAGCUGACCAGUGAAGAAAGUGUCUUUGAAGUCUUUGUCCACUACCUCUCGGGGGAGCCAAACCAGAGCGGCUGUACAGUCACUUGCCUGCCCUGGAAUGACGAGCCCCUGGCGGCCGAGACCAGCCUGAUGAAGGAGGAGCUGCUGCGUGUGAACCGGCAGGGCAUCCUCACCAUCAACUCCCAGCCCAACAUCAAUGGGAAGCCGUCCUCUGACCCGGUCGUGGGCUGGGGCCCCAGCGGGGGCUAUGUCUUCCAGAAGGCCUACUUGGAGUUCUUCACUUCCCGAGAGACGGUGGGAGCACUCCUGCAGGUGCUGAAGAAGUACGAGCAGCGGGUGAACUACCACAUCGUGGACGUGAAGGGUGAAAACAUCACCAAUGCCCCUGAGCUGCAGCCCAACGCUGUCACUUGGGGCAUCUUCCCUGGGCGAGAGAUCAUCCAGCCCACGGUGGUGGAUCCUGUCAGCUUCAUGUUCUGGAAGGAUGAGGCCUUCGCCCUGUGGGUGAAGCAGUGGGGCAAGCUGUACGACGAGGAGUCCCCGUCCCGUAUGAUCAUCCAGUACAUCCACGACAACUACUUCCUCGUCAACCUGGUAGACAACGAGUUUCCGCUGGACAACUGCCUGUGGCAGGUGGUGGAAGACACUUUUGAACUUCUCAACAGACCCGGAGCGAGAGCGGACAGGCUCCGUGACCCUGCACCCUGACAUCCUGAGGCUCCUGCACUCCCUCACGUACAACGGCAGCUGCGCUGGUGUGGGGCUCCGGGCUCGGCUGGACCCGAGUCAGCCCCACGCGGGACCUGGUGUUCCCUGCUCGGCCGGGAGAUUUUGCUCUUUUGCGGGGAGCACCUCCAUCCCGCCCAGGACCACGGUGCGUGGACCACCAUCCUCCCUGAGAAGGGGAGGAGACUGGUUAUGGCUGACGGGGACCUCAUACCAGGCAGCCUCUCAGAGCCAGCCGGAGACUGCCGGUGACCGUGCACUUGGGGCUAUGGAAGACGGGCAAAGCACACACGGGCAGCAGGCACGCGUGGCAUUGCCGAUAGCUGUGGCAGAGUGAAGAUGCUGCUCCCUUCUGCCUUCGAGACAUUGGCAGCUGGGCACUUCCUACUUGUAACUGAAGGGCAGACACUACCCUUGGCACCAGGCCCCCGGAUGGGUCUGGGGCUGAAACCUAAUAAUACAAGCCGCCUCCUCCCUGGGGCCCGCUGGGCUUCACCUCCGCCAUGCUGCUCUAGGGAGCAGUUGUCUCUGUUCUGGUGGCGCCAGGGAUAAAGUCCCUCUUAAGGGCUCUGUGCCUGG